AUGGUAGCCAAUUCCAUCUAUUGUGGAGGGUUGGUUGUUCACCCAUUGCACCAAGUCCCAACCGUGUAUGGAGUAGCUUUAGAAGCACGAUGUAUUUCCUCAAUUUUAGGAUGUUUGUUUUACACAUAUUCCUUGCAAAGAUUGCUUCCGAACUCUAUUGGAAACCUCAAAAUGUUGUCCAACAUAGAUAUUUCGGGGUGCAACUUCACUGAAUCAAUCCCAAGGUCAACAGAACACCUUCACCAAUUGGUUUAUUUUGACUUGUCACGGAACAAGUUCAAUGGUUCAGUUCCAUUCUUCAGUAAGGCCAAGCUCAGAAAAGUCACGGAACAAGCUCAGGAAAGUCCAACCGUUUGUCCCAGGGAUCAGCAAUCUUUGUUGUUACAAUUGAAGAACAGCCUCGUAUUUGACCCUGCGGCAUCUAAAAAACUUGUGAAGUGGAAAAAUGGAUCGGAUUACUGUUCUUGGGAAGGAGUGUCCUGCAAAAAGGGUUGUGUUUCGAAUCUGGACUUGAGCAGCGAGGCGAUUAGUGGUGGACUUGAUAAUUCGAGUUCUCUUUUCGGUCUGAAGUCAAUCGAGAACCUGAAUUUGGCUUACAACAACUUCAAAUACACUCAGAUUCCUUCCGAAUUCAAGCAGCUAACUGGAUUGAGAAAUCUGAACUUGUCGAAUGCUGGCUUUGCGGGGCAGGUUCCAUUUGAGAUUUCACAACUUACGAGGUUGGUAACUCUUGAUUUGUCUACCUUUUAUUUCUCGGGAGCUCUGUUGCUGAAACUUGAGAAGCCGAAUUUGAAUGUGCUUAUUCGGAACUUUUCUGAGCUUGUUGAACUCUAUCUUGAUAGUGUGAAUAUAUCAGCACAGGGGACCGAGUGGUGCCAAGCUAUAUCAUCUUCACUACCAAAAUUGAGGGAGUUGAGCUUGUCCAAUUGUAAUCUUUCAGGCCCUAUUGAUAGUUCAUUACUGAAGCUUCACUCACUCUCGGUUAUUCGUUUAGAUUACAAUGAUUUCUCUAUUCAAGUUCCAGAGUUCUUCUCAAAGUUCCCAAAUUUGACUUCCUUGCACCUAUGCCAUUCUGGCUUUUAUGGUACAGGUUUUGGCUUAUAUGGUACAUUCCCAGAGAAGAUCUUCCAGGUACCUACACUGCAGACUAUUGAUUUAUCAGGCAAUAAGCAGCUUCAGGGUUCCUUACCAGAAUUUCCAAAGAAUGCAUCUCUUCGGUCCUUGGUUCUAAGCGGGGCUAACUUUUCAGGGUUACUACCGAACUCUAUUGGCAACCUCAAAAUGUUGUCGAGCAUAUAUAUUUCGGGGUGCAGUUUCACUGGAUCAAUCCCAAAGUCAAUACAAGACCUUCAUCAAUUGGUUUAUUUUGACUUGUCAUCAAACAAGUUCAAUGAUUCAAUUCCAUCCUUCAGUAUGGCAAAGAAUCUAACCUUGAUAGAUCUUUCUUGCAAUCAGCUAACGGGUCAGAUUAAUUCCACUCACUGGGAAAACCUGACUAAUCUGAUGAAUCUCCACUUGGGAUCCAAUCAACUAGAUGGGACUAUUCCACCAUCUCUGUUUUCUCUUCCCUUGCUGCAAAAGCUACAGAUUUCCAACAAUCACUUCUCUGGUCAUUUGCCUGAAUUUUCAAAUGUCUCUUCGUACUUACUGGAUACCCUCGAUUUGAGUUACAACAAAUUGGAAGGGUCAAUUCCCAUGUCUAUCUUGAGAUUCCGAGGGCUUAAAAUUCUUUCACUUUCUUCAAACAACUUCACUGGUUCUUUCCUUCUAAAUGAUAUUCAGCAGCUAAGAAAUCUUUCGAGUCUUGAACUUUCAUUCAAUAGCUUGUCUAUUAAUUACAACGACACCAAUUCCUCUCAUUCUUCAUUUCCAAAAAUUACCAAUUUGAAGUUAGCUUCUGGCAAUUUGAGCAGAAUCCCAGGUUUCUUGAGAAAUCAAUCAACAUUAAGCACUUUGGACCUAUCACAAAACCAGAUUCAUGGUGAGAUACCCAACUGGAUUUGGAGGCUCAGUAAUCUUGUUCAACUAAAUCUUUCUUGCAACUCUCUGGUAACUCUAGAAGGUCAUUUCCUCAAUCUUCCUUCCUAUUUGCUUGUGCUUGACCUUCAUUCCAACCAACUUCAAGGACCAAUUCCAAUGCUUCCACCAUUUGCCAGUUAUCUGGAUUACUCAAGAAAUAAUUUCAGCUCAAGCAUACCGACAGAUAUUGGUGAUUUCCUUAUGUCCACUAUGUUUUUCUCUCUUGCAAGCAAUAACUUCCACGGGAUCAUUCCAGAAUCAAUAUGCAAGGCAACAUCUCUUCAAGUUCUUGAUCUGUCCAAUAAUUCCUUAAGUGGCAUGAUUCCCCAGUGCUUAACUGCAAGGAGCAGGCCAUUUGGAGUACUUAAUUUAAGGACAAACAACCUUACUGGUGCUAUUCCUGAUAAAUUUCCUCGAGAUUGUAGUUUGAAAACACUAGACAUGAAUGGAAAUCAGAUAGGAGGCAAAUUUCCAGAAUCUCUGGGAAAUUGCAAGCUGCUAGAGGUGUUGAACCUUGGAAACAAUCAGAUCAGUGGUACUUUUCCACGCUCGUUAAUCAAAAUGUCCCGAUUGCGUGUCCUUGUUUUGCGAUCGAACAAAUUUUAUGGGCGCAAUGGAUGUCCUAAGGCCUAUGGCAGCUGGCCAAUGCUUCAAAUUAUUGACCUAGCUCACAACAAUUUUAGUGGUCAAAUACUUGGAAGAUGCUUGAAAACCUGGCAGGCGAUGAUGGCUGACGAAGGUGCUAGCCGGUCACAGCUCAACCAUAUCCAAUUUCGGGUCCUAUAUUUCUCUCAGAUAUAUUACAAUGAUAAAGUAUUUGUUACCACCAAAGGUCUAGAGAUGGAGCUGGUGAAGAUUUUAACUAUCUUCACCUCAAUUGACUUCUCGGGGAACAAAUUCACCGGAUCAAUACCUGUGGAAAUAGGAGAACUCAAAUCGCUCUAUGUCCUCAACUUGUCUAGUAAUGCUCUAACAGGUGAAAUCCCAUCAUCUUUGGGAAACUUACGACACGUUGAGUCCUUAGACUUGUCGAACAACAGCUUGAGCGGGAAAAUUCCAUCACAGCUCACAAAGCUCACGUUCCUUUCAUUCUUGAAUCUCUCAAACAAUGAACUGACUGGAAGGAUCCCAACCAGCACUCAGUUUUCGACAUUUCCAGCAGCUUCCUUUGCAGGCAAUGAAGGGUUGUGGGGGCCUCCUUUGACAGGUUAUAUCCCCUCAGGACUGCCACUACCACCACCACCGAAAAAAGGUCAUUCUAAUGCUCAACCUAAAAUUGAUUUUGAUCUUAUAAUUGCCGAGAUUGGAUUUAUCUUUGGCCUUGGAGCUUUCAUCGGGCCUCUCGUUUUCUGUAAGCGAUGGAGGAUAUGGUAUUACAAAACUGUGGAGAACAUCUUCUUCAAGAUAUUCCCUUGUCUGGAUAAACGCAGCGGUUACAGAGGAAGACGUUUACAUUAA